AUGCCGCCGGACUACCCAACCAAAGCUAGACUACGCACUCGCACAGGCUGCCUGGAAUGUCGCAGUCGCCGUAAAAAGUGCGACGAGAAGCCACCACAAUGCGGAAGCUGUGCGAAAAAGAACCUCAUUUGCACCUGGCCGUCGGCCAACAGCCAGACACUUGAUCGUAGGCGACGCGGCGCAAAGCUUGGCAAUAAUAUGGAUGGCAAUCCCCAUACUGACAUCUGUGGCCUGGCUUUCAGACCAGAGCAGCAUAUUGAGAUGUACACUCAUUUUGCCACGGUGGUGCUGCCAUGUAUGGUCCGGCAGAACUGUGCUGCAGAGUACAACGACCAGACAUAUAUGCUCCAGCUUGCCCUCGACUUUCCUCCGUUGAUGGCAAUCAUGAUUGGAAUCGCCGCGGUAUAUCUCGAAGAUGAACAGUUGGCCUUGGAAAGUUACCUCUUCUCCCUGCAUGGCCUACGGAGUCGCAUGGCGCAUUGCGCGGAUGCUGCUAGGGAGGAUACCAUCUUAGCUUCGACAAUCCUGCUUUGUAAUCUUCGCCCUGGCGCAACGCCCAACAUUGGCCUACAUGCGACCGCUGCCGGAGUGAUAUUGUCACGACGAAGCUCGUCAGGGCUAACGCAAAUUGACCUUUUUGAGCGCGUUUGUCUAGAGUCAUUCCUGUAUCAUAGCACGCUUAUGAUGCUAUUUGAACCGUCGCUCGAUAUCCUACAACGUGUGAACCCUACCAUGGACCUUGCUCGAUAUUUCAGCGACCUCCCCCCUCCCACGUCGCAACCUAUUCUAGACGCAUCGUAUCCAUUCGUCCUUCUUAUUGCUGACAUUACGCGACUGGCCCGUAGUACGCGUCUCGUGAGCGACGUUGAGAUUCAGAGUUAUUCGCACCUGCUCACCAAGAUCUCGCACUACGAUCGGAACUUCAACGAUGGCAACUCGACCAUGAGCUUGUACCUGCUAACCAUGCGAAUAUUACUGCUAAAGGUGGAUCCAACCUUAUCCGCUGUCGAGGCGACAGAACAGAUAUAUCAAUUAUCAUCCAACGGUUUCUUUAUUUUAGACUUCUUGGACGUGAACCAGUACCUCCUCGGAUUUUCCCUGUGGCCCGUAGCGGUACUGGGAGCCAUUGCAACUACAGUCAGUGAACGACAGAUUGUGAAAAGCAAGAUGGCUUCACUAGCUCGCAGGCAGCACGGACAGGCUAUGCGCCUACAAGGUCGUCUCAAGGAAAUUUGGACAACGCCGGAGGCUGAGAAGCUUACAUUAUCAGUAGACCGACUACACAUGCUAGUGAAAGGAGUGUGA